AUGUCUUUUCUUUCCAAAGUCUCCUUAAAGGGUAAGUCAUCAAUUAUCACUGGUGGUACCAAGAACUUAGGAGCUUUAACUGCUCGUGAGUUUGCCGCUUUAGGAUCGGAUUUAAUCCUCCACUAUCACUCUCAAAGUGGAACACCCGAAGCUGAAAAGUUGAAGAAGGAAUUAGAAAGCGAAUAUGGAAUCCAAGUGUUUCUUUUCGCCGGUGAUUUGAAGCACCAAAAGGCCAAUGAAGACUUGUUUAAGUUUGCUAUCGACAAGUUUGGUAAGGUUGACGUAGCAGUAAAUAACGUUGGGAUGGUGAUGAAGAAACCACAAGUUGAAUUCACUGAAGAGGAGUUUGAAACCAUGGAUGACCGUAAUAAUAAGGCAGCCUUCUUCUUUAUUCAAGCCGCUUCAAAGUACGUUGCUGAAGGAGGUAGAAUCAUUUCUAUUGUAACUUCGUUAUUGGCUGCUUAUACUCCAAACUACGGUGUUUAUCAAGGUACCAAAGCUCCUGUUGAGUAUUACUCCAAGGCUGCUUCUAAAGAGCUUCACGGUAAACAGAUUGCUGUCAAUUGUGUUGCUCCUGGUCCAAUGGAUACUCCAUUCUUUUAUGGACAAGAGACUAAAGAGUCUGUUGAAUUCUGUAAGUCCUGUGGUAUGGGAAACAGAUUGACUAAAAUUGAUGAUAUUGUUCCUAUUUUACGAUUUUUGGCUACAGAAGGUGGUUGGAUCACUGGACAAACCAUUUUUGCUUCCGGUGGGUUCACUGCCCAUUAA